AUGAAAUUUGGUAAAUUAUACUGUUUUGUUAUAUCGUACAAGUUUGUAAACGCAGGCCCUAAAAGUUUGUGUAUAUCACCUAACUCCCAUAACACAUUUAGAAGAUAUACAUUUUUAAACCCUUACUUGUUUAAUUUUAAUAAGAGUCUUGGUUACUCAGUAAGCCCGGGAAAGAAUACAAUAGAGAUGGUGGGAACAGCAAACUCAGACACUGAAUAUUCCUUUGAUGCGAAGGCCAAGUAUUUGGGGGAAGCAGGAACUAAGUCGUUCAAGGUGGAGUUCGUCGACGCGAAGGACAACAAGAUAUCGCCGUGGCAUGACCUGCCGCUGUUCGCGACGAAGGAUUUCGUGACGAUGGUGGUGGAAAUCCCGAGGAACACGAGGGCGAAGAUGGAAAUAGUGACGGGCGCAGAGAAUAAUCCGAUAAAGCAGGACCUGUUCGCCAACGGAGACCUGAGAGACCUGGACUGCCCAAUGUACUGGAACUACGGAGCGAUUCCGCGCACAUGGGAGGCUCCAAUGCCAUACGUGCACAAGUACAGAGGAGACAAGGGAGAAGCGCUCUCAAUGGAGCUGCUGGGAGACAACGACCCGCUCGACAUAGUCGACGUGGGAAGAGUGACGCGUAAGGUGGGCGACCUGGUGGCAAUGAAGCCUGUGGGAGCAGUCUCGCUGAUAGACCAGAACGAGAUCGACUGGAAAAUACUGGGAGUCUCGCCGGACGACGAACACUUUGACGACAUAAACGACCUCGAAGACGUGGACGUCUACUACCCAGGAACGACGACGGGAAUAAUGGAGUUCUUCAGGUGGUAUAAGACGCCGAGAGGGAAGCCGCUCAACAAGUUCCUCCCGAAAAAGAACUUCUGCACGAGGAAGGAGGCGCUGGAGCUGGUGAACGAGACACACCACCACUACCAGCAGCUGAUGGAAGGAAAGCUGGAAGGAGGAGACCUGUGGACAGGAAAAUAG